AUGGGGCAGCCAGCCUCCAAAGAAGCCCGCACUGAGCGGGCACGGUCAGACGCUAUUGACCGGACGAUUCAGGAAGACUCGAAGCGCUUCAAGAAGGAAUGCAAGAUUCUGCUCCUGGGCUCCGGAGAGUCGGGCAAGUCAACAAUUGUAAAGCAGAUGAAGAUUAUCCACCAGAGAGGCUACGACACACAAGAAAGAGCGGUUUACCGGCCAACGAUAUACAAGAAUGUACUGGACAGUGCGGCGACGUUGGCACGAGUUGUAAGAAGGGUCGGGGUGGAGCGCAUAGCGACGGAGGGAGAGGAGGUCAGACGGCUUGUGGGGGUGCUACUCAGUGCAUUCCCAACGGUUACAAUGGGUCCCGUUGGAUUGGAGGGCGAAACGGACAUCGAGGGGUCAACAACAAGUGGGAGUUUGACCGGUACCCUUGGGACUCUGGACAGCAGCGGUGUUGAGGUUGGUCUCGACCCAGUGCCAUUCACCAGAGACGGAGGGUAUCUGGGUGGAAUGCCGCUUGGCCGAAUACCAACAACCGACUCCCCACACGCAGCCGAUGUGCUGGCCCAAACACACGCGGUGCUUACGCCAGCGCUUGCUGACGCAAUAUGGCAUAUUUCUCGACUGCCUGUCGUCGAAAAAAUGGUCGAUGACCAUCCGGCUGACUUUUAUCUCAUGGACAGCGCGAGCUACUUCUUCAAUUCCAUCCAUCGAAUAGCGGCGCCAACAUACAUACCGAACGAGGAAGACGUUCUUCGUGCGCGAGCAAAGAGUACGGCAAUCAUUGAAACGCGAUUCUUUAUGGGUGACCUAUCGAUUCAUAUGUUUGAUGUCGGCGGUCAACGGUCCGAACGCAAGAAAUGGAUUCAUUGCUUCGAGAGCGUAACCAGCAUCAUCUUCUGCACUGCUCUCAGUGAGUACGACCAGGUUCUGGAGGAGGAAAAGCGAGUAAAUCGCAUGCGAGAGUCACUCUAUCUUUUCGAGUCCAUAAUCAACUCGCGUUGGUUCCUUCGCACAAGCGUCAUCUUGUUUCUGAACAAGAUCGACGUCUUCAAGCGCAAACUCCCCAAGAUUCCUUUGGGGCGAUACUUCCCCGAAUAUGCGGGAGGAAAUGACUUGCAAAAAGCCGCGAAGUACAUCCUAUGGAAGUUCAUGCAAGAGAACCGCGCCAAGUUGACCGUUUACCCUCACGUUACCCAGGCCACAAAUACGAAGAACAUUCGGCUCGUAUUUGCUGCUGUGAAAGAAACAAUAUUGCAGAAUGCCUUGAAAGAUUCCGGGAUAUUAUAA